GCAACCGGGGCCCGCGUUGUUGGGUUGUGUACUUGUCCUCUCUGAAGUGAUUCGUCGUGCGCUUACCGCCUCCCACGUGGCCGAAAGAAAUAAACUUCUAGCUAGUUUACCAAGCAUUCCAUAAUUUAGCUAGGAUUCUCGGAGAAAUGUCUAAAAUAGAGUUGUUGGGAUUGAUUUUCAACCAGGGAUUUAGAGCGGCUCCUGAGUUGUUUAGAGCCGUUGAAAAAACUACAACAAAGUACCAGGGAAAACAUUCCCUAUCGAAAGAGGAGAACGCCCGUCUACAGAAGCUGCUUGAUAUCCUCCUGAAACCGGAGAUAAAGUUACAUAGAACAGACCUCCAACAGCUCAAUGUCUCUGAAGUGGAGGUUCCCCCUGAGCAGCAGCACUGUGAGCAGGAGUGGAGCCCCAGUCUGGGGCAGGAGGACUUGGAGCCCACACAGAUUAAAGAGGAACUCUGGACCAGCCAGGGGAGAAACAGGAGGAGAAAGAAAGAGAAACAGGAGGAAUGUCAAGAGCUGGAGUAUAAUACUAAAGACUCUGUGUUCACUCCUCCCUGUGUGAAAAGUGACUAUGAUCAGUACCCAACUCGGUCGUCACAUCUUAACAAAACCCAAAAUAAGGAAUGCAAAAAUGGAGACUCGCCCGCUGAACAGAUGAAAACAGAAUCUCAAGAAGAGAACUCUUCAGAACCAGCCAGUGACUCUCAGGCCCUCUCUGCAGUAAACCCAGGCUGUUCUGCAGCUCAGGGUGAUGACAAUGAAAGUGUUCAUAGGAAGGAGAGUGCAAAAUCACUGUCUGCUUUCAAGACGCAGAUAUCAAAGAGGAGGCGGACAGAAAAAGGACAAAGCCCUGCUGGUCCUUGUUGCAAGGUGUGUGGAAGGCCUUGUCAGUCCUUUGGAGCUUUAUUGAUACAUUUGAAAAGUCACAGAAAAGAUCAUGAACAAAUUUGUGGAGUUUGUGGAAAAAACUGUCAAUCCCUAAAAUGUGUGAUGGAUCACAUUUUACAAACUCACAGAACUAGGUUUUGUGAUGUUUGUGGUAAAAGUUUUGAUGCUACUAAGGAUCUGGAAAAGCAUAUGAGGACCCACACAGGGGAGAAACCAUAUCCCUGUAAUGACUGUGCUAAAUAUUUUGUCAGUAUUGCAAAUCUGAAUUUGCAUAUGAAGACGGUCCACACAGGGGAGAAAUCACACUCCUGCCAUGAAUGUGGCAAAUGUUAUGCUCAGAGUGGAAAUCUGAAUGCGCAUAUGAGGAUCCACACUGGAGAGAAACCAUAUCACUGUAAUGAUUGUGGCAAAACAUUCCGCCUUGGCACUUCCCUUAAAAUGCAUAUAAGGACUCAUACAAGGGAGAAACCAUAUCGCUGCCAGGAUUGUGGCAGUUCAUUUGCUAGGAUGGAGCACCUGAAAAAUCAUAGCAGGAUUCACACAGGGGAGAAACCAUAUAGCUGUCCUGAAUGUGGCAAAUGCUUCCUUCAGAAUGGUAAUCUAAAAUUGCACAUGAGAAUUCACACAGGGGAGAAAUCACAUCAGUGUCAAGUUUGUAACAAAUGUUUCACUUAUAGCCAUACUCUAACAGUGCAUAUGAGAGUUCACACCAAUGACAAACCGUUUCACUGCCAGGAGUGUGACUUAUGUUUCAGUCAGAGCUCCAACUUGAAUCGGCACAUGAAGAGACACAGAGGGGAGAAACCACACCACUGUCACGUUUGUGGCAAAUCUUUCUCCACAGGUUUUCAGUUGAAUGUGCAUUUGAGAAUUCACACAGGGGAAAAACCGCAUGCGUGUCCUACAUGUCCAAAAUGCUUCAGCGACAGAGGGGCAUUAAAUAGUCAUCAGAAAAUACACACUGAGAAGAAGCCAUAUUGCUACGAUUGUCUUAAAUGCUUCAGAUCAAAGCAACGCCUGAGAGAACACAAAGAGAGUAUGCACAAAAACAUGGCUGUGCCCUGUGUAGGGGAAGGUGAUUUGACAGAAGAUUGAGAGGGACAUUCAGUUUUCUUGGGUGGAUAAGAUAUGACUGAAUUAACGCUUGAACUAUGAGAACGUUGCCAGGCUAACAGGGCUGCUACACCGGACACGUAACAUUUGCACAGCGUGAUACAUGCAUAUUCAUUUAAAUGAAAUCAGGCGUAAGCACGCUGGCUAUGCAAGUGGAGUCCUUGCUCAUUUGACACAAAGGACAUUUGAACUGUAGAACUGUAUCUGUAUUUAACUUAGUGUGUUAUUGAUGAGCUUUGUCUAGUAAGCAUAAAGUUAUGUCCGGCUUCAAUCCGAUCUCGCGUUGUUCCGAUUUCAAGUAAAUUUCAGAUUGAAUUGACGUAUGCAGCGUUCAGCCUACCGUGAAUGCAAUAUCCCCGAACAUUGCCUUUCAAAGGUGCGUUGUCGGAUUGAAUCCUGGCCAUAAACAUCUGCAGUGUUCAUAUGAAUCUUACAGCACUAAAGGGUGGUGAUACACUUUUUAAAAUUGCGGGCAAACAUUUGAGGACUGAAAUCAACAUCCUCUGCAUAACAAUGGCUAACUGAACCUUCCCAAAGCAGCUGUUUUGAUUAUGCAGAAGAUGUUGAUUGUGCUCUUCAAGUCCUCACUGUCAGCCCUAGCUAUGGAAACAAUUUCCCUAGUAUAACACAAGGGUGUAUACUUUGGUAUAACAGUCAAAGCAGCAUAAUGGCAUUCCCCUAAACUAAAGAGGCUACAGGCAUGCUAGUAGAUACUCAGACUUCCAGUCAUUGCGCUAAAACUAGUUGGUCGCGAAACUACAUCCAACUUCCUUCAUGCUGAACACAGACAUAACAAUGAUAUUGCCAAAAUCCCGAAGUAUUUUAGUCUAAAGUGGCUGGUCUCCUUUUCUGGGAAACCCUUCUGCAGGCUUCCAAAUGAGUGAAGAUGGAGAGGAAGUCUCUAAUCGCAUCUUCUUACUGAAUAAGCCAAAUAUGUUCUAUUAUAGAGAUAGUCGAGUGACCGCUCUAAUGGAAAUGCAUGUCCUCAAAGAUGGGAGGUCAGAGGGGAGUUAGUUAGCGAGGUAACUUUGGUCAACUGAGUACAACUCGGGAUAACCGGUCAUAAGAAAGUAGCUCACCUUUUAGCCAGCAAAAUUUAUAUGGCAACAAAUCCCUCAGAACUAACUCAUGACUAGUUCCAAUUACCCUUGAAUGGAAUGACUGUGCCACAAGUUGUGGUUCAAUGCAAUCAGAUUCCUUCCCUCUUGCAAAGAUCGCGUCACCAUGCCCUUCAUUUGAUGAAGAGUACUGAUUUAAAUAUUACAUUAUACUUUUAAUAACAAUGCAUUUUAAACUUCACGCACAGUUGCGCUUUUGUAUUACUUAAUACUUAUUUUAUGGAUAGUGGGAAAAAAGGUUGUGGUUGUGCAUUGAUAAACAUUACUUCUAAAAACCUAUUUUGCAAAAUAACUUUUUUUCCCCGAUUUCGGCGCAAAAGAAAAUGUGGAACUAACUAGCCCAUGGAUUGAUGUUUCAUGAAGAGUUUGCCUAAUGGUCGACCGAUUAAUCGGCGCCGAUAUCAAGCUCUCGUAGUUAUGGCCAAUUAUUUUGCAAUCCGUGAAGAAACUGCGUGGCAGGCUGACCGCGAGUGCAGUGUCAAAAGGACAUUGUGGCUGCAAUGAGCCACGGUAAGUUGCUAGCUAGCAUUAAACUUAUUUUAAAAACGAUCAAUCUUCACAAUCACUAGUUAACUACAUGGUUGAUGAUAUUAGGUUAACUAGCUUGUCCUGCGUUGCAUAUAAAUUAACAGGCAUCGCAUUAUUAUCAUCUAAUCACAGCCUCAUUCAACUUCGCCAAACGGGUGAUUUAACAAAAGCGCAUUUGCGAAAAAAACAUUCGUUGCACAAAAUGUACCUAACCAUAAACAUCAAUACCUUUCUUAAAAUCAAUACACAGAAGUAUAUUUUAUUAUAUAUUUAGUUUAAAUAAAUGCAUGUUAGCAGGCAAUAUUAACUAGGGAAAUUGUGUCACUUCUCUUGCGUUCAGUGCAAGCAGAGUUGGGGUAUAUUCAACAGUUUGGGCCGCCUGGCUCGUUGCGAACUGUGUUUCUCCCUAACAAAGACCAUAAUUAAUUUGCCAGAAUUUUACAUAAUUAUGACGGUUGUGCAAUGUAACAGCAGUAUUUAGACUUAGGGUUGCCACCAGUUCGACAACACGCGUUGGUUCUGUAUUUCACUGAAAGAAUAAACAUUUUGUUUUCUAAAUGAUAGUUUCUGGAUUUCAAUAUAUUAAUGACCAAAGGCUCGUAUUUCUGUGUGUUUAUCAUUGAGUCUAUGAUUUGAUAGAGCAGUCUAACUGAGCGGUGGUAGGCAGCAGCAGGCUCAUAAGCAUUCAUUCGAGCAGCUCUUAGCAAUGGUUGUUGCACAGCGCUGUUUGACUUCAAGCCUAUGAACUCCCGAGAUUAGGCUGGCAAUACUAGUCUUUUUUUUAUUUCACCUUUAUUUAACCAGAUAGGCUAGUUGAGAACAAGUUCUCAAUUACAACUGCGACCUGGCCAAGAUAAAGCAUAGCAGUUCGACCCAUACAACAGAGUUACACAUGGAAUAAACAAACAUACAGUGUGUGCAAAUAAGGGAGGUACAGCAUAAAUAGGCCAUAGUGGCGAGUUAAUUACGAUAUACAAAUUAAACACUGGAGUGAUAGGUGUGUGAAGUUAGUGAGGGAGAUAUGGGUCUCCAGCUUCAGUGAUUUUUGCAGUUCGUUCCAGUCAUUGGGAGCAGAGAACUGGAAGGAAAGGCGGCCAAAGGAGGAAUUGGCUUUGGGGGUGGCCAGUGAAAUAUGCAUGCUGCGGGUGGAUGCUGCUAUGGGGACCAGUGAAUGGAGAUGAGGCGGGGCUUUACCUAGCAACUCGUAGAUGACCUGGAGCCAUUGGGUUUGGCGGCGAGUAUGAAGCGCGGGCCAGUCAACGAGAGCGUACAGGUCACAGUGGUGGGUAGUAUAUGGGGCUUGUGACAAAAGGGAUGGCACUGUGAUAGACUGCAUCCAAUUUGUUGAGUAGUGUUGGAGGCUAUUUUGUUAAGGACAUCGCCGAAGUCGAGGAUCGGUAGGAUAGUCAGUUUUACGAGGGUAUGUUUGGCAGCAUGAGUGAAGGAUGCUUUGUUGCGAAAUUGGAAGCGAAUUCUAGAUUUAAUUUUGGAUUGGAGAUGCGAGUCUGGAAGGAGAGUUUACAGUCGAACCAGACACCUAGGUAUUUGUAGAUGUCCACAUAUUCUACGUCAGAACCGUCCAGAGUAGUGAUGUUGGACGGGCGGGCAGGUGUGGGCAGCGAUCGGUUGAAGAGCAUGCAUUUAGUUUUACUUGCAUUUAAGAGCAGUUGGAGGCCACGGAAGGAGAGUUGUAUGGCAUUGAAGCUCGUCUGGAGGUUAGUUAAGUGUCCAAAGAAGUAUACAGAAUGGUGUUGUCUGCGUACAGUCACCAGCAGAAAGAGCGACAUUGAUGUAUACAGAGAAGAGUCGGCCCGAGAAUAGAACCCUGUGGCACCCCCAUAGAGACUGCCAGAGGUCCGGACAACAGCCCCUCCGAUUUGACACGCUGAACUCUGUCAGAGAAGUAGUUGGUGAACCAGGCGAGGCAGUCAUUUGAGAAACCAAGGCUGUUGAGUCUGCCGAUAAGAAUGUGAUGAUUGACAGUCGAAAGCCUUGGCCAGGUCAAUGAAUACAGCUGCACAGUAUUGUCUCUUAUCAAUGGCAGUUAUAUCGUUUAGGACCUUGAGCGUGGCUGAGGUGCACCCAUGACCAGCUCGGAAACCAGAGCGGAGAAGGUACGGUGGGAUUCGAAAUGGUCGGUGAUCUGUUUGUUAACUUGGCUUUCGAAGACCUUAGAAAUGCAGGGUAGGAUAGAUAUAGGUAUGUAGCAGUUUGGGUCUAGAGUGUCUCCCCCUAUGAAGAGGGAGAUGACCACGGCAGCUUUCCAAUCUUUGGGGUUCUCAGACGAUACGAAAGAGGUUGAACAGGCUAGUAAUAAGGGGUUGCAACAAUUUCAGAACGAGAGGGUCCAGAUUGUCUAGCCCGGCUGAUUUGUAGGGGUCCAGAUUUUGCAGCUCUUUCAGAACAUCAGCUAUCUGGAUUUGGGUGAAGGAGAAAUGGAGGAGGCUUGGGCAAGUUGCUGUGGGGGGUGCAGGGGUAGCCAGGUGGAAAGCAUGGCUAGCUGUAGAAAAAUGAUUAUUGAAAUUGUCAAUUAUUGUGAAUUUAUCGGUGGUGACAGUGUUUCCUAGCCUCAGUGCAGUGGGCAGCUGACAGGAGGUGCUCUUAUUCUUCAUGGACUUUAGAGUCCCAGAACGUUUUUGAGUUUGUGCUACAGGAUGCAAGUUUAUUUAAAAAAGCUAGCCUUAGGCUUUUCAGGGAAGUUAUAAGAACAUCCAAAGGUAUAUGAAAUACAAAUGGUAUAGAGAGAAAUAGUUGACACGUCAUAAUUCCUAUAAUAACUACAACCUAAAACUUAACUGGGAAUAUUGAACCACCAGCUUUCAUGUGUUCUGAGCAAAGAACCUAUAUGUUAGCUAUUCACAUGGCACAUUGCACUCUUUCUUCUCCAACUGUUUUUGCAUUAUUUAAAACUAAAUUAAUUGUAUUAAGUUAAAAUUAAAGUUCAUUCAGUAUUGUUGUAAUAGUCAUUUAAAAUAAAUCGGUAUCGGCGUUAAAAUCAGUCGACCGCCUACUUUCGAAUAACCAUGUGCGACACGCACGCGCAGUUAAAAGCCUGCGACGCUAACUGAAGCUGGUUCGCUUUAGAAACCCUGAGUAGAUCUAUACCGAACAAAAAUGUCAAAUCUAGUUUUAUUGGUCACAGAUGUAGCGAAAUACUUGUAAAGUGUUGGUUCCAUAUGCACAAAAAGCUUUUCUGUUUGUGAGCAUUUCUCCUUUGCCAAGAUAAUCCAUCUACCUGACAGGUGUGGUAUAUCAAGAAGCAUGAUCAUUACACUGGGGACAAUAAAAGGCCACUAAAAACGCACGCAAAUGGCAUGCUGAAUACCCACCAGAUCUGUUGCUAGAGAAUUGAAUGUUAUAAGCCACCGCUGCCGUUUUAGAGAAUUUGCCUGUGCAUCCAACCGGCCUCAAUUGCAGACCACUUGUAACCUCCACAUCCAGCUUCUUUACCUGCGGGAUCAUCUGGGACAAACUGAGGAAACUGGGUUUGCACAAACUAUCAGAAACCGUCUCAGGGAAGCUCGUCGUUCUGACUGCCUUUUAGUGGGCAAAUGCUCACCUUCGAUGGCCACUGGCAAAAGUGUGCUCUUCACAGAUGAAUCUGUUUCAACUGUACUGGGAGGUUUGCUGAUGUUAACAAUGCCCCAUGGCGGGGUAAUGGUAUGGGUAGGCAUAAGCUACGGACACAAUUACACUUUAUUGAUGGCAAUUUGAGUACACAGAGAUACCGUGACGAGAUCGAGGCCUACUGUCAUGCCAUUCAUCCGCCACCAUGUUUCAGCAUGAUAAUGCACAGCCCCAUAUCGCAAGGAUCUGUACACAAUUACUGGAAGCUGACAAUGUUCCAGUUCUUCCAUGGCCUGCAUACACGUGUCACCCAUUGAGCAUGUUUGGGAUGCUCUGGAUCGACAGGCGUGUUCCAGUAUAUCAGACAUUGUAGAGGAGUGGGACAACAUUCUACAAUCAACAGCCUGAUCAACUCUAUGCAAAGGAGAUGAUUGUUCUGCAUGAUGCAAAUGGUGGUCACACCAGAUACUGACUGGUUUAUCUAAUUUCCUGGGUAACUAAAUUGCUGCAUUUAAAUUUUUGUUCAAUGUAGCCUGCUUUUUAGGAUACCCCUCAGGUUGGACCAUUCUAGCCAAUGAGAGGGCAGAUACGCAUGUGAACAGGCACAACUCCAAUAAAAUAGUUUCCCCCAAGUUCCAGAAAUUCCACGUGUCCACUUAUUCCGAUGCAUUCGUAACAACCUGAAACUUACAUUCGAUCUAAUAAGCCUCACGUAGCGACCAA